AUGCGAUGGCACUUAUUUCUCUAUCCUGGGAAAAUUGUGCUGCUGACCGAUCUGGUGAAGGUCCUUUCGCGUGAGUGUGAGAUGUUUCUGCUUCAAGCGACUAUCGGCCAUCGAUCCAAAGACCCUGCCGAAGCUUCAAGGGACUCUCUGCAAACAACAAACUUCGCGUCUCGCUGCUGUGGAAAACUUUUGGACUACGAGGGAAAAGUAUCUCGACUCCUGUGGGAUGAAUGCAUUGAGAUCAUUGGGAGCGAUGGGACUCAAGUUAUUGUUUGCCUGUUUCACUUCCCGUAUACACACGAGUUGGUUCGUAUCCGCAAAGACGCCACCAUUCAAGUAUGUGGCGCUCACGUACUCCGCUGGCCGACGCCUGUCGGUGGAAAAUUAGUGGUUGGUUUGUGUGCUAGGAGUCACCUCAAUGUCACUGCAUUCAGUGAUCCGAGUAGCUCCUGUAUUGCCAUGGGAACCCGUUCUCGUCGAAAUAGAGCUCACAAAAAGUGGUCAAGCUUGGGCGAUUUCCAUCGUCAAUCGAUGGUGCUGUCGAUGUGGCUGCUGGAGGUUCUGGAAUUGUUGGAUACGAAGUUCGUCUUU